UCUUCCAGGAUUGGAUCGGUGUGAGUGUGUGUGUCCGUGUGUGUGUGUGUUUUCCAUCCCGUUUAUAGUGCCGCACCCUGUCUUCUGUGCGUAAAACCUCCCACGUACCAUCAUCACUCACACACUCUCUCCACGCUUUCUUCCAGCCAGCAGCAGCAGCAGGAGGAGGAUAAUCGCUGUUCACCUCCCGGACAGGUCGGACUCAGAGAUGGGAGAGGAGCGGCGGAGUCUCUGGCUAUGACACGGACGCACCGGGCGGGAAGGAUGGCUCUGACCAGCCGGCAAAUGUUGUGCUUGAUGGGAACCGCCUGCCUCUGGCUUCCGCUGCUGGCGGAGGUGGUGGCUGAGGACAGUUACUUAAACGAGGUGCAGAACUCAGUCCCUCUGUCCUGCUCUGAGGGAUUCACAGAGUUGGGUUAUUACAACGGCACCGUGUCCCAGACGGAUUCCGGUGCCCCCUGUUUGAAAUGGACCGAGUUUCCGGACUACGUCAUGCAGUAUCCGGGCCGCGGCCUCGGAGACCACAGCUACUGCAGGAACCCAGAUCGAGAGUCCAACCCCUGGUGUUUCUUCAGACAAAACUCAGGCGCCAUUGGCUGGGCCUACUGCGACUGCCACCAGGGUGCAGCCCGUCUGGUCGGCAGCUCCUCCUCCGGCAGCGGGCGGGUGAAGGUUUACCUGAACGGCCAGUGGGGGGCGGUGUGCGACUCCCACUGGACGGACAGAGACGCCAGCGUGAUCUGCAGACAGCUGGGUCUGGGUGACAUCGGCACGGCGCUGCAGCACUCCCAGUUCGGCUCCGGCUCCGGCCUCUUCCACUACGAGCGUUUGGGUUGCCGCGGUGACGAGAACACCCUGAGCAACUGCCGGAGCAGGACGUUCGUCACCGGGGACUGUAGCCAUGGAAACGAGGCCGCAGUGGUGUGUGCACCUCCGGAAGGAAGCGGCCCUCCUCUGCGAUUGGUCGGAGGCGAGGAGGACUUCGAAGGUCGUGUGGAGGUGUUUCAUGCAGGGAGGUGGGGCUCCGUCUGCGAUGACCAAUGGGACGACAGGGAUGCAGAGGUGGUGUGCAGGCAGCUCGGUUUCGGCGGCGUAGCGAAGGCCUGGUCCUGGGCUCACUUCGGUCAGGGUUCGGGUCCGAUCCUGCUGGACGCCGUGAAGUGUACCGGAAACGAGCUGUUCCUGGAUCAGUGCCCUCAUGGCGACUGGGAGCAGCACAACUGUGACCACAUGGAGGACGCCGGAGUCUCCUGCAGUCCUUACACAGACGGCGUGGUGCGUCUGGUUGGAGGAGACAGUCCUUGGGAGGGUCGAGUCGAAGUGUUUCACAACGGCGACUGGGGAACGGUGUGUGACGACCACUGGACCCAGCAGCACGCAGAGGUGGUCUGCAGACAGCUGGGCUACAGGGGUCACGCUGAGGUCGUGUCAGACGGGACGUUCGGUGAAGGCGUCGGUUUGAUUCUCCUGGACGAUGUGCAGUGUGACGGAUCUGAAACCUCCCUGCUGGACUGUAAGCGCGGGAUCUGGGGUCGGACCGACUGUUCUCACAGCGAAGACGUUGGUGUUCGCUGCAGAGGAAGAUCCAGCCAGGAGACCAACGAAGUGCCGGUUAUCGCACCUUCAACAGGUCCCCUGGUGCGUCUGGUGGGUGGCAGCAACAGGAAGGAGGGUCGAGUCGAGGUGUAUCUCCAUGGCGACUGGGGAAGUAUUUGCGACUCGGGCUGGAAUGACCUGAAUGCAGUCGUGGUGUGCAGACAGCUCGGACACAGCGGUGGAGCCGUAGCCGCCGGAGGGUUCGGUCAGGGGAAAGGACCCAUCCACCUGGACCAGGUGAGGUGCACGGGGAAGGAGGAGUUCCUGGGGGAGUGUCCCUCUCUGGGUCAGAGCAUCCAGGGCUGCAGACGGAGGGAGGACGCAGGGGUGAGGUGCGACGUCAAGCUGAGGGAGUCGGCGGUUCAGGUCAAACCUCAGGAGCGGAGCUGUGGGCUGAGGAAGCUGGUGGAGGAGGAGGGCAAGAGGAGGAACCAAGGAGAGGAAAGCACGCUCAGGACCACGUGGCCCUGGCAGGUGUCGCUUUGGCUCCAGUCUCAAUCAGAAGACGACGGUCCUCUCUGCAGCGGGACUCUGAUCAGCCCCUGCUGGGCCCUGACGUCUGCUUCCUGUGUGAGCAGGUUCGGCAGCGACCCGUCCAGGUACGUGGUGCGAGUCGGGGGUUCGGAGCAGAGCGUGACCCCGGAGCGGGUUGUGGUUCACAGAAAGUUUAAGGGGCAGAGUGGAGGACACGAUCUGGCUCUGCUGAAGCUGCCCAGCUCCAAGGGUCGCUGCCUGACAUUUGACCCCGACACCAACGCAGCCUGCCUGCCUGCAGCCGACGUGUCAACCGGAGGAAACGCUCCGGCCUCCUGUGUUGUCAUGGUUACCGCCGGAUGGGCAGGACCAGACUCCGUCGUUGCAUCCUGGGUCCCUCUCAUGUCGUCAUGGCAAUGCAAGAAGCGCUACGGCGACAGCUUCUCCAGCCAUGGCACCCUGUGCGCCGGCAGCCCUCCGGACACCAGCAUCCUCCACGGCGACGGUUGCCAGGGCAACUCGGGAGGCGGGCUGCUGUGUCAGGAGGAGACGGACGGCCGGUGGGUGCUGGCCGGGGUCGUCGCCGGGGGUUACGGCUGCUCCGACCCCUCCUCUCCCGCCCUUUACACGCGAGUCAGCCGCUUCAGGAGCUGGAUCGACGAGGUCACCGAGGAGCCGCACGCACGCGCCCAGACGCAACAAGCUGACAAUGACAUCACACACGUGCACGGGAAGCUCAGACGCAUGCACGAGCAGCAACUAACGAAUGAGAUCAACGAGAUUAAACAUCAUUCACACAGCAGCCAGCACGCUCACGCUAAAGGCGCACACACAAACACGCCGACCGAGGUCUGAUGGAGGCCGUCGGCUUUACCACCUUGUGCCAUGUGACCAAACGAGGAAGAGGAGGAGAGCAAGUCGAAGAUGCUCCCAACUUAAAGUCAAAAAAAUCGGCCGUCUGUGUGCUCAUUUUCAAACCCGAACUCCGUGUUGUGAAUCCCAAGUGUUUGCUAAUCGUCGGCUGAGUGCAGCAGCGUGGGCAGAGCGUCCUGAGCUGCAGGAUGACAGAGUGUGUGGGUGAUCUGUGGUGCUUUUUACAUGUGAGUUGCAGCCCAGAGGUUUAUCAGCAUGCUGAUCGGGGGCCGUUCACCGACACUGAAAAUCUAAAAGAUCAGCAUGGCAUGUGUUUUAAGGACAAUAGCGUUAGACGUAACAUAAACCGGGGAACAAAUCGAAGGCGGUCACACGAGAAUCUAUGCUAAUUUCACCUAUUUAUGUGUCUUCUGUGUGAGUUCUUAGAAGAUAAAAACAAAGUAGGCGACAGAACAUCUAGUGUAACGGCUGACUGUAUAUCACCACCGUCCCUCUGAGAUGAUUCAUGUAGAUAAACUCCAAAAGUUAGGCUUUUAUAAAACAUUCCCGUUUCUUUUUUCAAACAGGGCUUUUCUCUUCGAGCUGUUGUCUUAUACCUUUACUGGUGAAAGUGCUGUUGUUCAUUUAGACCCACGACUAAGCUACUUAACUGAGGACAGUACCGGUGGUUUAGCAUGUUUUAGUGUAUAUAACUAAUAAUCUAUACUUUAGCUUACUGUUGAGUGUUUUAGACACCACACUGGAGAGUUUACUCUAUUUUUUGUAAAGUUUAGCCACUAGACUUUAAUCCGGGUAAAUGUUUGAUCCCUAAUGAAACUACCAAAAUAGUCAUCCAAAUACAUGCCACAAAAACUGAGAAUACUCUUUUCAGAAGGCAAUCAGGAACUCAGAAUAGUGGAAACAUGUAUAAAAAGUAAUGAAAGAGGAAAAAAAACAUCAGCAAAACCUCAAACUGCACCAAAAUUCACUUUUUCGAUCAAAAUGCAAUCAGUAAUAAUGCAGAAAAACCCUAAAAUUACUUUGAAGGAGCACUGGGAGCAGAAUACCACUGCACGAUGUGGCUUCUUUGGUCAGAAUGGCUUUUCAUAAGACGAGUCUCUGAACUUUUUCAUCAUAAUCCGUAGACGUUAAUAUGUGCAACGUAGUAUUAUGGGAUUACGUGGACGUAGCACACCACCUCCGUGACAUUUCCCGUGUCAUUUCUAUGCAUUUUAAGCUUUCCGUGUUUCAUUUCACCAUGUUACAAACGACAUGGGAAAAGUGAAAUUUGACCGUGAUUAAGACAGUUUGAAACAAGUCAGAUUCACUGCAGGAGUAGCUCGCAAUGCCGAUUUGUUGUCCAGAGUCCGACCGUUGAAGCAGAGUUCUACUGUAAUGUCCUGAUUUGGUCCUUCCAAUGCUCUGUGGGAUGAUUACGCAAGGGUUUUGUGGCCAUGACAACCAAAUUGUCGCCCCCAACUUGGCCUACUUGCGAGAUUUGUCUCCCAGGGACUAAAAAAAAUUCGAUUCGAAAGAUUAUCUUUUUGACACUGGUGAGAUUCAAGAGUCUGCUAGUUGAUUUUCUGGUUGAAUCUGGCAUCAGUGCUUUCCUCUAUUUCUAGGUAAAGAGCUGAAACAUGCAGAAACACCGAUAGGGUCCUUUAAAACUGUACUUUUGAAGCCAUCGGGUCCUAAAUAUCUUUUUGUACUGGCUCUAGAUAGAUAGAUGGGAGCUCAGAUAGACGCUUCGAUAGCUGCUGUUUCUGAGUUUAGAUAGUACGUGUUCUGCAUUCAUUCUAGGCUGGAUUAGAUAAAUUAAAUGUUGUCCGUUCUGUUGUCCUCUGAGCAGAUCUGACCAGGAGGUGGCGACAUUGCUCUUUAUUUUCAGAGGGUUCCUUGGACUCUGGUUCUUUUUUAUACUGUAAGUGUAUGAACUUGUGCUCGAUGUUCUGUGAAGCCAUGUGUGUCGUGAAGCAUCUUGUAACCCGCUACUGCUGUUUUCUCCACCGUGGAAAUGCCCCGAAGCCUGUUUCUAUAAUCCUGUACAUAAACUCAGGCCUCCUCCCUUCAAGACUUGAUGUUCGAGCGACGCAGAUCCCGUGGGGUUCAUGCAAAUACCGCGUGUCUCCGAGCAGAGGGUGCAGAUAAAAGUGUGUAGGAUGUACUUCACCUGUGUUUAAAGCCAUCAGCUGUUCCUCAGUGUACUGUGCAGAAUCAUGGUUGAGUAUUAAAACGUAUACCUGCAGAGAACAA